GCCUUGGUAUUGGAUUGUCUGCCUUGCUCUGUGGAAAUGGGCAUUUGGGCAUUUUUUUCUCUUGGGGUUGGACUUUGGGAAGGUUUCUCUGGUUUGAAACAGCUUUUGACUCCCACAGCCCUUUCCUGGCCCCACAACUGUGUGAAGAGUUGCUUACCAGGACCAGUGUCCUGUGGACCAUUGGUUUCCACAGAAAAGAAUCUGAGCAGUGGAAUCUGUUUUUUUACCCCAUCCCACACGUAUGUUUGGAUACAGACAGUGCUUAUAACCUUCAUACAGUAGAUGAGUCAGGUUUGCAACAGCCUGAGCUUCCCCUGUCCCUUACCCAGCACAAGGUGCCUGGGAGCUGGGUGAGACUCCAGCUGCAUUCCAGUGGUUUGUUACUCAGGGAUUCAUCUCCCUGUGUCUCUUACGAACCCAUUCUAGCAGGAAGUCAGAGUGAAAAUCAUGACACUGCAGCCUCCAGGUAAGUUUUCAGGGUGGAUGGAACAGGCAGUUGCUGUGCCUGGAGCUCUCCUGACACCUUCAGCCAUGUCUGCUCAGUCCCUGUCAGUGCACCUGCCCUUGCUGGUUCACGCUAAAUGUGGGGUUUUCUGGUUUUUUCUCAACAAGUUUGCUUCUUUAGCAGGUAGAGCAUGAGUAGCAGCAGCACCAGCAUCCUGCCUGCAAGCCAAGGGCUGCUUGUGAGGCCGGGGUCCUCCUCGUGGAGCCCCCACCACGUGCUCUGAGCCCUUCUGCUCGUGGUGGAGCUGUGUCAGGAGUGGUUUGGGGGGUUGUUCCACCCCUUGCAUGUCUCUAGAAGCUGAUCACUUGUUUAAGGAAUGUCUUUCACUGCUAAAAAUUAUAUAAAUAGAGCUGCCAGCUACAGUUCUCUUGUAAUAUCUGCUGUUUCUGCCAAGAUCCUUUUGCUUGAGACCAUGGGGUCCCCUCUCCUACUGUAAACAUGUAGUGUUUUAAUUGCAGAGGGAAAAAUUAAAUAAGAAGUUCUUAGUUUCCAAGAGUCUCAGAGCAUUAUCUGAAUGAAGACCCAAGCUGGAAUUUAUUUAAGAAAGCCCAGAUCUUCUGGGACCUCCCUUGGUGAUGCUUUAGCAGGGUUGGCAAUGCUGGAUGAAUACAGUGAUUUAUUGCUCUCAUUGAACAGUGCUGAAAUAUCUGGGAAAUUCAAGGCCCACUAUGGAGCUUCACAGAUUGCACUGAUUGGAUAGUUCUGGCUAUUUGGGUAUCCCAGCCUAAACUUUGAGGUCAGUGCCUGAGCUCAAGGAGUAGGGACUGUGAGUCCUACCUGCAGCAGUGAGAGGUUAGGCAGCAAAUGGAUGCCAGCUUCCCAGCUAAUUCCUGAGCACAGAAAGCUGCCAGCCAGGCUCAGUCUCCUUCAGUGAGCUAUCCCACAACUGCCAGCUUUUCUUAAUUCUCAGACAGCUGCUGUGUUCUUGAUAUGUAUUCAGUUCACACUUGGCCUAAAAUGACAUAAGAAUUCUUCAGAAAUAAAGAAAAAUCCCAGUGAACAGAACAGCACUUGAAACACUGACGGUUCAGAAAUUACUUUGUUAGGUCUGGCCCUGAGCCUGCUGACUGGCCAAAGAGAUGUUUUGUUGUAAUAAAGAACUAAAAUGGUUCUUGACAUUCAUUGCCCCGAUAGCCAUAAAGGCUAAGACAAAGGGAAUGUCUCCCAAAUGACACUUUAAAUUGCCAGUCAUCUUAGGAGGGAGAAAUCAGUCAAAUGCUCUGACACUGGACUGGACUUAUGAGCAAGUGUAGGGAUGAUGGGAGGGAAGAGGGCACGUACAACAAGAACAAAGGCUGCUGAGAUGAGACAGAAAGCAGACCCUUUGAUUUUUCUGGUGCUUUGAUCUCUAAGAAAUGCUUCUUGAAUCUUCCAGGAGCACCUUCUGCGCAAUCAUUUCUCAGCUGACGGAGGAAACACAGCCACUAUUUGAAACCACUAUCAAAUCCCGUUCUGUGUCCGAGGACUCUGAUGCUAAAUUCACGUGCAUAGUGACAGGGUUCCCGCAGCCGGAGGUGACAUGGUACAAGGAUGAUGAGGAGAUGGAUCGCUACUGUGGCUUACCCAAGUACGAGAUAUUCCGUCAUGGAAAUCGCCACACCCUGCAGCUGUACAAGUGCCAAGAAGAAGAUGCAGGCAUUUACCAGGCCUCAGCUAGAAAUACCAAAGGCAUCGUGUCCUGCUCUGGUGUGCUGGAAGUGGGAACCAUGACGGAAUUCAAAAUCCAUCAGAAAUGGUUUGACAAAAUAAAGAGAAAAGCUGAAGAAAAGCUGCAAGAGAUAGAACAGGGCAAGAAACGAGGAAAAGAAAACGUGGAGGUGGAGAAGUUGCAGGGAAUGAGCCCCGAGAGGCUCCAGAGGAAGCGGAGGCUGGCUAGGGAUCAGAAUCUCCAGUCGGGAGACUCUUCAUGGGAGAAGGAAGAUGCAGCGAAAGUGCACGUCGCGGAUUCACAGUCCAGAUUGCACAAGGAUAUUGCUGAGACACAGGAGCAGCCAGUCAGUGCAGUGAUGGGCUUCUCAAACAAACUGGUAGCACCUCUGAAAGCAGAGGUGACAACCAAUGGAGAUGCCACUUUGGAGACUGGGGAGGAGAAUGGGAACAGCUUUCUCACGUAUAUCUAUGAGACAGUGGAGGACCUGGCGACUAAGCCAGGGGCGAAAGACUCUGCAGCUAAAAAGAAAAAGAAGGUGGGGGCUCCUUCAGCAGCAACGCAGGAAGUUUCCAAGCGAGAAGAAAGUGGGAGAGACAGGGCCAAUCCUUCCUCAAAUCCCAGGUUUGCCCCUCCUGUCCCCUUACGUAGGAAUGCACGUUUGAGGGCAGCAAAGGAUCAAGAAGUGGAAACCAGUCUGAAAGUCAAAGAGCCUGAGAAAGCUGUGAAUCAGGACACUAAAACCAGUGAUGACGUGUACUUCUCAUUAAAGGACAUGUAUUUUGAUAAGCAGGUGAAUCCAGCAGCAGGGAAGGAGGAGGUGGGAGCCAAGGAUGAGGCCGGGAGCGAGACUGCCCUGCGGCCAGUGGCCAUCAGCAGACAGACAGAGGAUGCUCCAUUGUCCUCUGAGGUGUCAGAGGCAGGACCUGUGCUGUCCGAGGGACAGAGAGGCAAACACCAAGCACAGAAGUUGGAGGGAAACAAAGAGAUUGCAGCAACAGUGGGACAGUCUCCUGGUGAUCUAACACACCCAGUGUCUUGUCCAAGCACAGAGUCUGGUCAGCAAGCCAGUAAGUUAGAGGAGGUCAGAAAGGAAGUGCCUGUCUGCCAGGAAACCAGAGGGGCUGUGAAAAUGACAAAUCCUCGGCUGAGGCCUCAGGAGCCACCAAAACCAACAGCACCUUCUCCAGACCACAUACAGUCCAGCAAGGAGCACCCACCCCCCAGGAAACAGGCAGAAAGACAUUCCCAUGCUCUUGAGGGCAGAGAGACUCAGCAAGGACUGUUAAAUCAAGAGAACAAAAGCCAAGGCAGGGAAGAGCCAUCGCUAAAAAAUUUGAGUCCUCCAAAGGAUAAAACUGGAGAAAGCACUGGAGAAAAUGUUUCUCAUGAGCAAAUCCCACAUCAGACAGUCAAGGAUGGGAAGAGCAAAGAGGCAGGAGCAGAGCUGUCUGAGAGCCAUCCCAGUGUGAGGACAGGAGGGAGUGGUGAAGCACAGCCAUGUCCUGGGGCUGUGCACAGGGAGGCAGGAGGGACAAUUUUGGGGCAGCAGGACACUGAAACAGCAGCUCCUGCAUCAGUUCCACUUGCCAAGGAAAAACUGCUUCCUGCUCCUGCAGCAGAGCCAUUGGUGGCUCGGGAGGCACUGCUGACAGCUCAUGGAGCCCCAGGGAUGGAGGCUACCACAGGAGAGGUCCCAUCUGGACCCCAGCUGCUUCCUCCUGUGAGGGGAGAAAUGGAAACCACAAAGACAGAUGGAUCUGCCCCGCAAGAGACGUUUUCAGCCAGCAUGUUAGGAGAAGAGAAUGCCAAACCAGUGCCCGUGGGACCUCAGGGGAGGGAAGGAGGAGAGCAGACAGCCACAGCUCCAUGCCAAGGACCAGCAGCACCUCCAGGGGCUUUUGAAGGAGGUGCUGAGGUCCAGCCACAGGUACCGCUGGUCCUGCCUGGCCCCGAGAGAUGUCAGGAGGUGUCUUUGGAGGAGAAAAUGCAGCACAAAAACCUGGUUUCCUCCUUAAAGAACUACCUGCUGCUGCUUCUAAAAAUGUCAGAUAGCAGUAAGGAUGCCACAAAAGGAGACACUGACUCUGGGGACAAGGAGCAGCCAGAUGUGGGGGAAGGCAUGAUGCCAGAGAUAGGCAUUGCUGGGCUGAGCCCUCGCACCUCAAGGAGAGUUUUGGAAAAGGUACAAAACAACCAGCUCUUUCAGACAGCAGAGAACUUGCCUCUGACCCCCAGGACAUCCAGGCGGAUCACAGGCAUGAUCAACGAGGAAUUUGUUCUCAGCCAGGAGAUGCUGGCUUGCAGGCCUGUGCCACCAAAGAAACGCGCCGGGGUUGCCCCCAAGGCCGAGGGGCCACCCCUGCUCUCUGUGCCCUCCAUCGUGGUGGGCAGCAUGCCAGCAUCAGGAGCAGGGCAGCCUCCUCACUCUUCUGAUUUGCCUCCAGUGAGCUCUGAAGAGAGCCCUGGUGACCCUCUGGCAGUGCUACCUUGUGCCACGCCAGAAGAGCUCGCUUUGGGAGCCCGACGGAAAAUAUACCUGCCAAAACCCAAACAGGUGGGGGAGGAAGAGGAAGCAACCCUGGAGAGCCCAGGACACAUGAGAAGUCCGACUGUUUCACCACAGCAAUCCAGGAAGAACACACCCCUGUUGCAUUCUCCUGCUCUGGCUCCAUCCUCUCCCACAGAGCAGUGCUCUCCAACCCUCACGAGGAAGAUGGCCACGUUGGAGGUUCCUAAGCUGUACGAGGAGCCUCCAGGUGACACCAGUGGUGACCACGAGGUCCCUGGAGAUGCUAAGCCAGAAGCACAGCGAACAGAGUCCCAGAAAGCAAAUAACCCAUUUAAAGUUCCACAGGUGGUCCGUAAGAUCAGGGCAGAACAAUUUUCCGAUGCAUCAGGAAACCUGAAACUUUGGUGCCAGUUCUUCAAUAUAUUGAGUGAUUCUAAGCUGAUGUGGUACAAGGACGAGAUCCCUGUAGCUGAAGCCCAAAGGAGUGCUGGCGACGAGGGCCAGGCAGCUCUGGCUAUUGUGCAGGCGUCCCAGAAGGACUGCGGGGUCUACCGGUGCGUGAUCAGCAACGAGUAUGGCACCGACUCCACCGAUUUCCUGCUCAGCCCAGAAGUGUUGUCAGGAUUUAGCCUGCGGGAAGAGAUUGAAGCAGUUGGAGAGGAGAUCGAGAUGACGCCCAUGGUGUUUGCAAAGGGUUUGGCUGACGCAGGCUACUGGGGGGAUAAGCUCUUCGGGCGCGUGGUGAGCGAGGACAUGGAAGUGGGCGCUGGUUUCCUGCGCAAAGCCUGCCGUGCCAGAGCCAUCUACGGCCUGGAGCCCGUCUUUGAGUCUGGCCACACCUGUGUCAUCAAAGUGCACAAUUUCAUUGUCUUUGGGACCAAGAAUGAGAACAGCCUCAUCGAGAAGAACUAUGAUAUCACCAUCCAGGAAUGUAAAGUCCAGAACUCCAGCCGUGAGUACUGCAAGAUCUUUGCUGCCGAGGCACGAGCCGUCCCUGAUUUUGGAGCAGUGCCCGAGAUAAUUCCACUGUACCUGGUUUAUCGACCGGCCAACAACAUCCCUUAUGCCACAAUGGAGGAGGACCUGGGUGGGCCCUGUGAGCAGUACUGUGUCACCGAGAGAGAUGGCAGCUUGGUAGCAAGAGGCACCUCGGAGAUCGUGCUCAAAUGCUGUACCUUCCAGCAUUGGGUCUACCAGUGGACAAAUGGAAACAUCCUUGUGACUGACAUGGAAGGAGUGGGCUGGAAGUUGACCAAUGUGCGGAUCGCUACCAACCUGAAAGGGUACCAGGGGCUGAAGGAGAGCUGCUUCCCCUCCCUGCUGGAGCAAUUCCCGGCUGCUCACCGGUGCAAUCGUUACUGCAGCAUCCUGGGCCUGAAGACACUGGAGCCAGCCAAGCCCAAGGGCUCCAAGAGCCCCUCCCUGGGCAGGAAAUCUGCCCAGUCCAGUCCCCAGCUCCAGAAGAAGGCGCUGUCAAGUCCUCAGGGCACCCGCAAGGCUGCUGUGAGCCCCAAGAGCUCCCGGAGAGCUGCAGGAACAGGGGAGGUCCCGACAGCCUCCAAACCCAGGUCGGGAGAGAGCAGCAGGGCUGGCUGCCCGCAGUAGCCGGAGCU